AUGUCUACGAUAGACCCCGAGUUUCCAUACUCCUUAACCUUAUCAAUCCCUUUCCCUACACACCGCCUCGCUUCUUCCGCUCUCCAGGCUCUUCAGGUAGAUGCCGAGCUGUCCGCGCUCGUACGUCGAACCCUUCGCCUCACAACACCGUCUUCAUCGCCACCCCCUGGUGUCGAAACAGCUUCUUCAUCGAUAGCCCAUGAUUCUAUAGACAGCCUAGCCGCCGAUGCCGAUAUGACCGCUAGAGACGAGGCCCUCACCGUGCUACAAAUAGACUACAAAGCUACGACGAAUCGAAUGCUAAGAGUCGCCGUUAAUGCUUUUAUGGAUAGCUUAGGGGUUGUGAUAGAGGUGAUGGAGAGACUAGAUGUUGAUGUUUUGACAACAAAAUUAGGAAAAUAA